ACACACACCUCCAAGUCAUUUUUAUCCCACGGAGAGGGCAUGUCACAGAUGGAAAACAACAGUUAUUUGGUUUCUAGACAGCAAGAUCAUCUUGAACCUGAACUUCUCCCAUCAUUUCUUGAAUUAACAUCAUCAAAUCAGGUUUUUGGCUUCAACAACAUCAAACAGAAUAGUAGCUUUCAGCCUUGCACUUCAUCUGCUAUGGUUACUGAGACGUUUGAGGUCUUGAAUGCUACUUAUGAAUCUCAGCCUAUUGAAGUUUUGAAACACUCAGUUUCAAUUAGUAAGCCUAUUUCUCCCAUGCAAGCCACAUCAAAGAGCAACAAUUUUGCCAACCAUGAUGGAAUUCUAGAUCCUUCUGUUAAACUUGAGACAGGUGAAAGAUUAUUAAAACAAGUGCAGUUUUAUUCUAAACCAUUAAUGACAGAAGGAGCGGUCAUUAAGGAGCCAGUUAAAGUUGGAAACUUGAACCAUCAUCCCAGUAUUAAAAGGUUGAAGGAUACGAGAUUUGAUUCUUUCAAGACAUGGUCUAGGAAACUUGAAAAGCAGAUAUCAAAUUUAAGGGGAAAGCCACAAAAUGUUGAGAAUGAAGCUUUGCCUGUAGACAGAUAUUUUGAUGCAUUAGAAGGACCUGAACUGGAAACUCUUCGGCCUUCAGAGGAAAUUGUGCUACCAAAUGACAAGACUUGGCCAUUCCUUCUCAGGUUUCCUAUCUCUUCAUUUGGUAUCUGUCUAGGACUUAGUAGCCAAGCCAUCCUAUGGAAAGCACUUGCCACAGCUCCCUCCACAAAAUUCCUCCAUAUAAAUUUUGAAGUAAACCGCAUCCUUUGGUGCAUUUCUCUUGCUCUUUUAGCCAUUGUUUUCACCAUCUAUCUUCUUAAAGUGAUCUUCUUCUUUGAAGCAGUUCGACGUGAGUAUUUUCACCCAAUUCGUGUCAAUUUCUUCUUUGCCCCUUGGAUAGUCCUCUUGUUAUUAUGUCUUGGAGUACCACCUAUUGUUGCUGAAAACUUACCUAAAGCUCUCUGGUACUUCCUCAUGAUUCCGAUCUUAUGUCUCGAGCUUAAGAUCUAUGGUCAGUGGAUGUCUGGUGGGCAGAGGAAGCUUUCCAAGGUAGCUAAUCCCUCAAACCAUCUCUCAAUUAUUGGCAACUUUGUGGGGGCAAUGUUAGGUGCUUCAAUGGGGUUAAAAGAAGGGCCUAUUUUCUUCUUUGCUGUUGGGUUGGCUCAUUACAUUGUUUUGUUUGUGACUCUAUACCAAAGACUUCCAACUAAUGAAACACUCCCAAAAGAACUCCAUCCUGUAUUCUUCCUCUUUGUAGCAGCUCCAAGUGCUGCUUCCUUGGCAUGGGCAGAAAUUCGAGGCUUCUUCGAUCAUGGAUCUCGAAUUGCUUACUUCGUUGCUCUGUUCCUCUAUUUUUCAUUGGCUGUUCGGGUGAAUUUUUUUCGUGGAUUUAAGUUUUCAUUAGCCUGGUGGGCAUACACUUUUCCAAUGACUGGUGCAGCCACAGCAAGUAUCAAAUAUUCAAGUGUAGUCACAAAUGUAGGAAAUCAAACUCUGGCUGUUAUAUUUUCAGUAGUUGCCACAGUCAUGGUAAUAGCUUUGCUUGUAACAACUAUAAUCCAUGCCUUUGUCCUCCGAGACCUCUUUCCUAACGACAUAACCAUUGCAAUUAGUGACAAGAAACCAAAACCACACAGGAAGUGGUUCCACAGAAGAAAUGGGAGCUUGGUCCAUGCCAGAGAUAUUGACAAUUUCCUAAAGUUAGCCAAUGAAGAAGGCACUGAUUUAGAAUCUUGCCUAAAACCCCCCAACAACAAUAGAUAACAAACAAGUCCAAAUUUAUACCUAGGUUGAUUACUCUUUAGCAAGUCCAUAUAAAUAAUGUUUCUUUAGAACUUGGAUCAAACAUGUCAAGAACAAAUUAUUCAAGAAUUU